GUCUGAGGGCCGGUGUGCAGCGGCUGUGGUGGUGUGUGUGUGUCUGGGGGCUGCAGGGCAGCACCUCUGCACCUAGGCGGAGUGGGGACUGUGCUGUCCUGCGGACCACUUUGCUGCCAGCCUGGUCCUGAGGCCUCGAGCGCUUGCCACACCCCGACUCUGGGGGUGGGAACAGCGUGGCCCCCUCCUCACUACUGGCCUGAGCAGCUGGAGGGCACGUUGCCUCCUUCCUGACUCACCUUAAACCUCGGGGCUGCUGACUUGGGCCUGGGGUGAGGGUCACCGGGGCAGGAGAGGAGGCUUCCUCUUCCCGGGCGGCCGGAGGGAGUGAUAGCACUCCUAGUCACUGCUGACUCAGACGGGCCCAGGUGGAAACAGGAUGUGUGCUCAUGCUGAGAGGAGGUGCAGCUGGAAGGGGGUCCCUGGGUUCCCCCAGCUGCAUGAUCCAGGGACACCCAUCCUGACCACAAGCAGGUGGAUGGUGGCAGACCACCGCACAGACGCCCCCUGCCCCAGGCUCCCUGCAGGUGGGGAGGCCCCAGGGCGCGAGCUGGAAGCUCAGGUAGGCGCCAAACCCUUCCCAAGAAAGCUCCACCCUCGCCUGCCCUCGGUAGGGGGCAGGACAUCCCCAGCCCUGCCCGCCAGUGGGAGGCGGGGACAGGAGGCUCGGAGGGACAGACCCGCUGGCCGGCUUGGCUCAGGCGGCUGCCACCCAUGGGGAACAGCCAGUGCGUCCCGCAGGCCCCCCGGAGGCUCCGGGCCUCCUUCUCCAGAAAGCCCUCACUGAAGGGGAACAGAGAGGACAGCGCGAGGAAGCUGGCUGGCUUGUUCGGCACCGAGGCCGCUCGCGACAGGGACACCGCCGCCGCCGACAAGCUCUUCCGUUACAUCCCUGGGACGGACAUCCCGGACCUGGACAGUCAGCCGGAGCCGCUGGAGCAGCCGUUCCUGAGCGUGUUCAAGAAGGGGCGGCGGAGGGUGCCUGUGCGGAGCCUGGGCAAGGUCGUGCACUACGCCAAGGUCCAGCUGCGGUUCCAGCACAGCCAGGACGUCAGUGACUGCUACCUGGAGCUGUUCCCCUCCCACCUGUACUUCCAGGCCCACAGCUCCGAGGGACUCACCUUCCAGGGGCUGUUACCACUGACGGAUCUGAACGUAUGCCCAGCCGAGGGGUCCCAAGAGCAUGCCUUCCAGAUCACAGGCCCGCUGCCCGCACCCCUCCUGCUGCUCUGCCCCAGCCAGGCGGAGCGGGACCGCUGGCUCUACCACCUGGAGAAGCAGGUGGCCCUCGUCAGGGGGCUGCGAUGCUGCCACUCAGCUCCCCCGCAGGGGCCCCCCCAGGACGAGCUCCCCUGGACGCUGCAGCACCGUCUGAGCCGGCUGCGGACGGCCUCGGGGCGCGAGUUGGUGGGCAGUGCCGUCUGUGCCUCCAGGGUCAAGCUGCAGCACCUGCCCUCCCAGGAGCAGUGGGAGCGGCUCCUGGUCCUGUACCCAGCCUCCCUGGCCAUCUUCUCGGAGGAACCAGACGGGCUUUGCUUUAAGGGCGAGCUCCCGCUCAGCGCCGUGGGCAUCCAGCCAGAGGAGGAGGAGAAGCAGACCCACUCGUUCCUGAUUGAAGGGCCCCUCAUCAACACCAUCCGCGUGCUGUGCGCCAGCCACGAGGACUACAGCCACUGGCUGCUGUGCCUGCAGACUGUCUCUCGCAGGGACCCUCGCCUGGUGCCCAGCGCAGAGGGUGUCCCGGGGCGCCUGCUGCCCCCACAGGACCAGGCUAGCCCUGCCUGCACCAGCAUUAGCCGGCGGAGGGCAGAGCUGAGACGCAGUGGCAGCGGCCGGUCACCGAGGAGCAAGGCCAGGGCAGAGGGGCCAGGCCCGGCCGCCCCACCACACCUGCGCCUGGACCUGACCGAGCUGAGCCGGCUGAGCCUGGAGGGCGGCCCCGAGGCCCCAGACCACAGCCUGGAGACGCCGCACUCCCCGCUCUACGCUGACCCCUACACACCGCCCGCCACCUCCCGCCACAAGAUCACAGACGUCAGCGGCCUGGAUGAGUUCCUCAGCGCCCUGCAGAGCUGCCCCGGACCUGCGCCCUCGAGCCUGUUCCCCGCAGUGCCCGUGUCUGUGCCUGUCACUGACCCUGGUUCCGGCCCCUCCAGCUGCCCCGGCCCCCCCGGCCCCCACUUGCUCUCCAGGAAGGGGGCCCUGCAGGCCCGAGCCUCUCAGAGGCACCGGGGCUCUGUCAAGGGUGGGGGGCCACAGCCGCCAGACUCUCCUCGGCUUGUCGCCCCUGCCAGGGAAGGCUCCCCAGCACCCCUGCGGCCUCCCCCAGCGGACAGCAGGCCCCCCAGGAGGCGUGAAGGCCCCGGCUACGACAACCUCUGGGACAAGCUGUCGUCUCCCUCCCAGCAGACGCGGGAGCCUGGGGCGGAGGGGACGGUCAUCCAGUGGAUCUGAUCUGACGCCCACCGGCCUGCCGUGCAGGACCACUCGCCCCCACGGGCCAGACCCGCAUCGAGCUCCGAGUCAGGGGCUGACUCCAGAGGGAGCAAGGCCGUCUCCUGAGCCCUGGGUUCAGGCCGGCCCCCCUGCACACCCCGCAGCGGGAGGGCCGGGAGGGCCUCUCCCAGGACGCCCUGGCCGGCGUGUCCAGACCACAGGGCAGGGUGGGGGUCAGGCAGGUCAUCCCCCGGCUCUGCCCCCAGGAGGGACCUGAAUGGGAGGGCGGCGUGGGCGUGAGGGUCAGAGGUCAGCAAGGUGUGAGCUGACACCAGCAGAGGUUGGGGUGUCCCCACAUGGCCUGGGUGUGCGUGCCAUGCAGCAGGCUGGCACGAGUUGCUGACAUCACUAAACGAGAAAAAAGUGGAAAUUUUAUUGGUGCUGUGUGUCCACGGAUCCUCACUCAGCAGCGGGGUCUCCCACCGUCCCUGCGCUCCGCUGCCCCGGCCCCUCCCCUGCCUGUCUUCGGCUGCUCGGCCCUGGGCCCCCAGCUGCCCCAAGGGAGCCCAGGGCCCAUCCCUCCAGCUGAGGCCACCAGCUCUGCCUCCGCACCCCGCCCAGGCUCCAGGCUCUGCCCCAGCCCCCAGGGUAUCUGCAGCCCCUCGGGAUGUGUCCGCCUGGUGCCAGCUCGCCACCUCGCCUCGGCAGGCCUGGGGCUCAAGGUGCGGAGGGCACCCUCGCCAGCCCAGCCCACCCGCAAUGAGCAGGGCUGUCUGCAGAAGCCCCAGCCUCGAGGCCCCGGUGUCCUUGCCCUCGCCCCUGCCCAGGCCUCAGCAGGGCCUCGUGGCUCCCCGGGCCUUCGCGCCUCCUCUCUCCCCUCCACACACCAGAUGGGUACACGGUGUCAGCCAAACACGAGUUUGACAAAUGAUUUGACAAAUGUCCAGAUGACAAAUGAUUUCCCAGCAUAAAUAUGUCUCGAAUACCAUGUGUCUGGAGUCCGGCUUCACUGGGUACCCUGUGCCACGUGCCAGUGUGGCCACUAACUCUCCAGCCCCCUGAAUACCGUGUGUCUGGAGUCCGGCUCCACCUGGUUCCCUGUGCCACGUGCCAGUGUGGCCGCCAACUCUCCGCCCCCUCGAAGCCUCUCCUCACGCAGACUCCCGGGCCCCCUCCCAGGAGCAGCCCGGGCUGACUUGCGGCUGCGGCACCUGGGGUGCCUCCCUCCCAGACGCUUGUCCUUGUGCUCUCCAUGUCCUGGGUCUUCC